AUUAUCAGUUCAUCAAUGGGUUGUGCUGAAUAUAAAUACCUAAAAGUCGUCGCACCUUAACAAACGGCUUUUCAAGACGAGAAAAUGUACAAGUUGUCCGUGCUUAUUUUGAUAGCUGCGGCAGUCGCAGUAAAGACCACGACAAUCAGUCCAGAUCCAGAUUGUACGGACAAAAAAGUUUGCGAUUUGAUCAGAUGCGCCAAAGAAACUUCAUGUGCCAAAGACCAGACGCUCCUCAACUUUGGAACGUGCAACUGUUGCGGUGUUUGCGUCAACAGUAAUAACACCUCACAAACCAUCGAUUGUUCGAAAGGAUGCGACAAUGUUCCCUGCGUGUUAGUAGGUUGUGUUGGAAAGGAGAUCCCUAAUCAAACUGGUCCUUGCAAUUGUUGUCCAGGAUGUGCCUAGGUUUAUUUUUAUACACGUUAAUAAAUAAAGUUUGAUGUUCAUUAA